AUGGCCGACACAUCCACCAGCACUGCCCGAGUGCCAGCAUGGAAGCGAAUCGGUCUAAAGCUCAAAUACGCCAAAGAUACCACCGAAGAGAACACACCGCCAAUAUCAAACUCGAGUCCGAAUUCUCAUCAAGAACCCUUGAAACCCAGAAAACGACCUGCCGAUGAUGAGGCUCCAGAAACUCCCAUCAAGCGUGUGAAGUCGGGAAAAUCGGAUAAAGGGAGGUCUGGUCUGAGAGAAAGUACUCUCACUGCUCAGGCUUUUUCGACGCCAGCCACCAAAACUCCAAAGAAGAUCGUAUUCGAUGAUGAUGAUCAACCUGUUGAAGCGAAAGGCGGUCGCCCGAGUUCAUUGAGGAAAUCUGUGUCUUUCACGCCAGACACGAAAGUCGAGGAUGGAUUCUCAGCAUCAAACUUCUUCAAAGCCUGGGUCAACGGCGGCGACAACAACCAAGGAAACGAAACCACCGAGCCAGAGGAGGAGUCCGCAUCACCUUCCAAAGAAUCCACCACCAAGGAACAGAAACCCAAGAAAAAGAAAAAGUCCAAAUCGACUUCAAUCCCCGCAGAAGAUCAACAAACUCAAGACUCCAAGAAGCCCAAGAAGUCCAAAAAGUCAAAGUCCAAAGACUCCAACAAGUCAACCUCAGACCCACGUGCAAUCGAAGACUCAGAGCCCACAGAACCGACACAACGCUACAUCACCUACCUCACGCACCACCACACCAGCAAAGCGACCUGGAAAUUCAACAAAAAGCACCAAAACAACCUCCUCAAGAACCUCUUCAACAUCUACCGGAUCCCAGCCACGCACAACGCCGCACUCGUAGAGUACAUAUCUGGACUGCAGGGAUCUGCGCGGCAGCGAGUCGCGCAGGAAGCGGUGGAGAUUCUGGUGGGCAUGGCGGGGGAGGAGGGGCUGGACGCGCAUGGGUGGAGGGAGAGGAGAGAUGCAUGUUUCGCUGCUCUGCAUCGGCGGGUCGAGGAAUCAGGCACUUCGGGUGAGAAGGGUGAAAGGGAUGAUCAGAAGAGGAGAGAACUCGAGCGUGGUAAGCGAGCGGAAGCUAUCCUCAAAGACGCACUGAACGACGAAGAACUCCUGUCUUCCGUCUUCGCGAUCUCGAGCACCGGGAAAUCACCCUCUGAGUCGGUCAAUAUGAAGGCCGUACUGCCCUCAACCACCGAAGAACAACCCGAGCUGGACACGAGACCUCAACGCAGGAAGCGCAAGGCUCGGACUGAUGUCUCGUCCUCAUCCUCCUCAUCGUCAGACUCUUACACUUCAGAAAGCUCUUCGAGCAGCGAUAGUGACAGCGAUAGUGAUAGCGAUAGCGACUAG